AUGAGAAUCUCGGGAGUACUAUCGACCUUACUCCUCGCAUCGGCGCUGGCUUGCAACCAUGAAAACAUUGCCAGACAAGAAGGGAACGCGUCCCUACCGUUCACCUUCACCCCAGGAGACGACCCGCCAGCAGAUCCGGCAACCAUAUCUUACUUCGUCAAUCAUGUGGGAAUUAACGUGGCGAACUUGACCCGGACAAGUGAGUGGUACUCCAGAAUUAUCGGCAUGCGUCACAUCUUCACCAUAGACUUGGAAGGUGGAUUCUCAAUCAUGUACAUGGCACACAACCAGGGGGGCAGGAACGGUACUGGGUUCCAAACGGGCGCGGAGAUGCAGCGGGAUAAGAACAAUAUGGCUGGAAUGAUUGAGUUCCAAUCAUACACAGGCUCUGGGAACAGUAACAGUACCGGUUCUGAGACACAGCGUCCACAGCGCCCCCGCGCCAUUCUCUCACACUUCGGGCUCAUAGUUCCUAACGUAGAAGCUGCACAGGCGCGCUUCGAGUCGCUUGGUGUGCGUAUCAUCAAGCGCGCUGGCGAAAUCGAUUUGACGGGCCAAACCGAGGAGAGUCGUUUGCUUGGGGCGGCCUGGGGCUUCGCAGACCUGUCGAACGAGGAGACCCAAAAGGACGCAAUGAAAGCCGCGCCGGGCCUUGAGGUCAUUGGGUUUCGAACUUUCUUGAUCAUUGCGGACCCAGAUGGAAACAUGCUCGAGGUGCAACCGCAAUCAGGUGCCGCGAUAUAG